UUGCCAUUACUUGAACAGGAAAUUUCAACUCUGGUAGAUGGAUUUGAUAGAUGGGAUCAGAUCUAGAAAGAAAGCACUGAAGAAGCUGCUUAUAACCAAGAGGAGCGAAGGGGAAAGAAGUGCGGAGAUGGAUAACGGCGUGAUAACUGAAGACGAGCAGCAGCCGUUAAGUCCGACUGCCCGUUUGUUCCACGAGCCGCAUCUCAACUGCUAUAUCAUCGCGAUCAUGGGCUCAGGCAAGAGAAUCGAUGUUGACGUCGUCAAAGCUGGGUUGGAGGUUACUCUGGUUAGGCACCCUCGCUUCUCGAGCUUACAGGUGGCGGACGGCAAGGGCCGACCGUACAAGUGGCUUCCGACAAAGGUGGUUUUGGAAAACCACGUCGUCAUACCAGAAUUGGAUCUGGAUAUGGAAGAUCCCGACCAGUUCGUGGAAGACUACGUCGCCCGCCUGACGAAAAGCACCCUCGACAUGUCGAAACCGCUCUGGGAUCUCCAUCUCCUCAACCUGAAAACCACCGAAGCCGAGGCUGUAGGGGUUUUCCGAGCCCACCAUUCGCUCGGCGACGGCAUGUCGCUCAUGUCGCUACUCUUCGCCUGCACUCGGAAAACCGCCGAUCCCGAAUCCCUGCCCACGAUUCCGAAAAACCGGAGGCCGGUUUCGAGGCGGAGCGGUUUUGUGCCGUUCUUGGCAGAUCUGUGGGCGGUAAUCCGGCGGUUAUGGAAUACGGUGGUGGACGUUUUGCUAUUCGCGGCAACAGCAGUUUUCUUAAAAGACACCGAAACGCCGCUAAAAGGCGCCGAGGGUGUUGAGUUCAACCGAAAACGGUUGGUGCAUCGCACCCUGAGCCUCGAUGACGUAAAGAUGGUGAAGAAUGCUAUGAAUUUGACAGUAAACGAUGUUCUGUUGGCAGUUACGACGGCCGGCCUCAGUCGUUACCUCAGCAGGAGAUACGGAAAGGGUGAGGAAAAUGGAGGAAAAUCUAAUCUUCCUACUAAUAUUCGACUCAGAGCGACAGUUCUUGUCAACAUAAGAGCAGCACCAGGAAUUCAUGCCUUGGCUGACAUGAUGGAGAAGGAGAAGACAGACGCCAAGUGGGGCAAUUUGCUUGGAUAUAUAAUCCUUCCAUUCUCCAUUCAAAUGCGAGACGAUCCUCUGGAUUAUAUUCGCAAAGCAAAAGAAAUUGUGGAUCGAAAGAAGCUCUCUCUUGAAUCUCUCUUUACAUCCUCGAGUUCCACUCUACUCCUUCGGUGCUUUGGCGUUAAGGCAGCGGCAUCAGUAUCUCACAGAGUCCUCUCAAACACAACAAUGUCCUUUUCUAACAUCAUUGGACCCUUGGAAGAAAUCAGUUUCUAUGGCCAUCCAAUUGUCUACCUUGCGCCCAGUGUUUACGGGCACCCGCAUGCCCUCACAAUUCACUUCCAGAGUUACAUGGACAAAGUGAAGAUGGUUCUUGCAAUAGAUGAGUGUGCGGUUCCGGAUCCUGGCCAGCUCUGCGAAGACUUAACCGAUUCUCUCAAGCUCAUCAAGGAAGCUGUCCUCCCUAAAUGAUCUGAUAAUGGUAUAUCUAUACAUGGAGGCUAACUCUAACCAGUCACAGAUUGAGCCGAUUAUGGUUCACUGCCACAUUAUGCUACACAUGGUUUUACGGUCAGUGAUUCGUGAUCAUCCAUCUGGUAGGUCCCCUUCUUAGUGGGCCACGGUUCAACUAGAAUGAUUUUUGCACCAUGGGCCAUUCAUGGUAGAGCACACCAGUGGAGAAAUCCGAAUUUACCCGCCGUAUGGUCAUGUGUACUGGUUCAUUCUGCAAGUGUGUUAGAAAGCUCUAAUGAUCUGUACUUGGUAUUAAAAAAAACAGAAGAAGAAGAGAGUAUGUUUUCAUCGUCGCCACCAUGAUUAGCACGGUCUAGUUUCUAUGUUUGAUGGAUGUUUAUCCCACUCACUGCACCAUAGACAUUUAUGUAAUACUAAUAGUAUUCUCAAUAUGUAGCACUUAAAUAUUUCAUA